AUAUUCUAUCAUUAAUAUUCAUGUAAUAUUCAUAUUCAAAAAAGAAUUUAACAAUUUUUAAUAUAAAUAACAUUUAAUGACAAAUAUUGCUAAAUGAUAGAAUGAAUAUAUUAAAAAGAGUAUUGAGACAAAAAUUAAUAUUAGGUACAAUUAUUGGUGUAUGCAUUGGAAUUUUAUUAGGACUUAUUCUUAAAACUGUUACUCUUCAACCAUGGACCAAACGAAAUAUAAUGUAUUUAAGAUUUCCUGGAGAACUAUUCAUGAGGAUGGUAAAUUGUUUAAUAUUACCUCUUAUAACAUCUACUAUAGUAAGUGCUUCUUGCAACUUGAGAAAAUCAGGUAAGAUUGGAAAAAUGGCAUUAUAUUAUUAUACAACAACAACAUUACUUGGAAUAGUAUUAAGUGUUACACUAGUUCAAACAAUAAGACCUGGUGAUUUACUUAAAAAUAGAAAUAUUUUGACACAAAAUGCAACGAGAUAUUCAAUGACAGUGGAUACAAUUUUAGAUUUAUUUCGAAAUCUUAUGCCAGAUAACAUUGUGAGUGCAACUUUAUUUCAGUAUCAAACUGUAUUAGAAAAACCAAAGAAUGAAUCAGUACCAAUUGAUGAGUGGAAAAUAAGCCACACAAAUACAGCAGGAACAAAUGUACUAGGAUUAGUAUUCUUCAGUUUAAUUUUAGGAUUAGCAAUUGAAAAUAUAGGUGCAAAAGGAGAACCUUUAAUCGAAUUUUUUAGAUCUUUAUCAGAUGCAAUGAUGAAGAUCAUGAGUUGGAUAAUAACGUUGGUACCAGUGAGUGCAUUAUUUCUUAUUUGUGCAAAAAUUCUCGACGUGGAAGAUUUUGACAGUGUAAUAAAAAGGCUUGGAAUUUAUAUCUUAACUGUAUUCAGUGGUUUACUUAUACAAGGUUUCAUAUUACUUCCUCUAGUAUAUUUCAUAUGCACUCGUCAAUCUCCAUAUAAUAUUAUAGCUAAACUUGGACCAGCUUUUGUUACAGCAUUUGGUACAUCAUCAAGUACAGCUACAGUUCCAGUAACAAUAUCAUGCUUAGAAAGUAUUGGAAUACCUUCUAAAAUAUCUAGAUUUAUUGUACCAAUUGGUGCUACCAUAAAUAUGGAUGGUAUAGCUUUGUAUGAAAGUAUUGGUGCAAUCUUUAUAAUUCAAUUACACGGGUUACAAUUUUCAUUGUUUAAAAUCAUAAUAAUCUGUAUAACCUGUACUAUAUCGUGUAUUGGUGCUGCCAGCUUACCCAGCGGUGGUUAUGUAAUGUUAAUAAUGGUAUUAAAUUCCGUGGGAGUUCCAGUAGAAGAUGUUUCAUUAAUUAUCGCUAUUGAUUGGUUUGUAGAUCGUUUUAGAACCACCUUAAACAUCAUAGCAGAUGCAUUAGGAGCUGGUAUAAUAAGUCAUUAUUAUAAAAAAGAUAAACAAACUUCUGUGCCAGAGGAAAUGGAAUUGUACACUUCCGCGUAAUAGGUUGAAAUUACAAUGUGACUUUUAGUAAAUCAAAAAAUUAUUGGCAUAUUUAGAACGUAAAAGAAUAACAGGUAUAGUCGAGAAAAUAUACUCGUUUAUAAACAAAAUAAUGUUUGUUGUACUCUGAUUGUAAAUUUUGAAUAUCAUUUAUAUUUUUCAAGUGUUGUAAACACAUUCAACAUUUCAAAUCACUUUAACGUAUUUAGUAUAUUAAAUAGCAUCAAAAAAAAUUCAAAUUGUACAAACAGUACUGUAACUUUUUAAGAAUUUCACUAUUUUAGUAACUUUGACAAGAAUAAAUUAUUUAUAAUGGACUA